AUGAUCGACACCUUCACAGGAUCUCUGGACGAAAAAUGGUUCUACCUGAUCAGCGUUGCAGUCGAAGCACGAGGAGGAGCCAUUGUUCCGCUCAUGCUUCGAGCAAUUGAAGCAGCAAACCAAAACGACCGAGCUGCUGUGACCGCCUGCCUUCGAUCGUUUGCAGAGCGAUUGGACGAGCUAGGCUCAACCCUAUCUCGCAUGUAUGAGAACUGUGACCCUCACGUCUUCUACAACCGCCUUCGACCGUUCUUGGCGGGCAGCAAGAAUAUGGCAGACGCAGGGCUGCCCAACGGAGUCAUUUUCGACAAUGGCGGUUCAAUCAACAAGCAGAGAUAUGUCAAACUCAGCGGCGGCAGCAAUGCACAGUCCAGCAUCAUCCAAUUUUUUGACAUUGUUUUGGGUGUUCAGCACCGUCAGACUGGUGUUACAAAGGAUGUAAAUGCGAACAGCGAGGAAAAGACUGGCCCCAAGCCGGCUGACAAUUUCAUCUACGAGAUGCGCAAGUACAUGCCUGGACCGCAUGCUCGCUUCCUUGAGCAAGUUUCGCACGUGUCCAACAUUCGGAGCUUUGUGCAGGCGAACAGCCACGAUCGCGCAUUGAGCAUAGCAUUUGAUGCGUGCCUUGCGAUGCUCAGUGCCUUCCGCGAUACUCACAUACAGAUAGUGAGCCGGUACAUCAUCAUCAAGAGCCGUGAGGCCAAGAAGGAGGAAUCCUUGAAGCCGGGCAAUGAGAAGAAACCGAACAAGGUCAAUCUGGCUCACCGAACGAAAACAGCGGGAUCGAACGAGAAGAAGAAUCUCAAAGGUACGGGGGGAACAUCCCUGAUCCCAUUCCUACGGCAAGCUCGGGACGAGACGGGCGAGCAAGCCAUUGACAUAUGGACGCGCAACCUGCUUAAUAAGAAGCGAGGCGCCGCGUUGGAAAAGCCAAGCGAGAGCACUGUCAAACAAGGCCUUGCUGGUGUCUGGCAGGUAGACAAUGGCGGUUUAUGCUACUGGUAG